AUGGCAGCUCUUUGGAUCCUGUGUCUCUUUUUCCUUGGAACAGCCCACGUUGGCAGCUGUGAUGAAAGCCAGAAUGAAAUCCAUUAUGGUGCAAAAGGUUCUGAGUCCUCUGACACUAAACCCGUGAAGAAUUCCGUGGUUCAGCACCUGGCUGCCAAUGCUACACAGGAACAAUUGAUAAACAAUGAAGUGGAAACGGGAGCAGAGCACGUGGUCAAGAAGCACAUCUUGCAAAUUGACCUAGUACAUGAUGAAGCUGAGAACGUGACGGCGCUCUCCGACUCUGCCUCCACGAACGUGACGGCGCUCUCCGACUCUGCCUCCACGAACGUGACGGCGCUCUCCGACCAGGCCUCCACGAACGCCACGGCGCACUCCGACCAGGCCUCCACGAACGCCACGGCGCAAUCCGACCAGGCCUCCACGAACGCCACGGCGCACUCCGACCAGGCCUCCACAAACGCCACGGCGCACUCCGACCAGGCCUCCACGAACGCCACGGCGCACUCCGACCAGGCCUCCACGAACGCCACGGCGCACUCCGACCAGGCCUCCACGAACGCCACGGCGCACUCCGACCAGGCCUCCACAAACGCCACGGCCUCCACGAACGCCACGGCGUCCGCCCGUGCGCGCCUGGUCGUAGUAGGCAGGCGUUCGUGGUGGCCUCCGCACCCCGACCAGGCCUCCACGAACGCGACGGCGCAGUCCGACCAGGCCUCCACGAACGCGACGGCGCAGUCCGACCAGGCCUCCACAAACGCGACGGCGCAGUCCGACCAGGCCUCCACAAACGCCACGGCAUCCGCCCGCGCGCGCCUGGUCGGAGUGCGCAGGCGUUCGUGGUGGCCUCCGCACCCCGACCAGGCCUCCACGAACGCCACGGCGCACUCCGACCAGGCCUCCACGAACGCCACGGCGCACUCCGACCAGGCCUCCACGAACGCCACGGCGCACUCCGACCAGGCCUCCACGAACGCCACGGCGCACUCCGACCAGGCCUCCACGAACGCCACGGCGCACUCCGACCAGGCCUCCACGAACGCGACGGCGCUCUCCGACUCUGCCUCCACGAACGCGACGGCGCUCUCCGACUCUGCCUCCACGAACGCGACGGCGCUCUCCGACUCUGCCUCCACGAACGCGACGGCGCUCUCCGACUCUGCCUCCACGAACGCGACGGCGCUCUCCGACUCUGCCUCCACGAACGCGACGGCGCUCUCCGACUCUGCCUCCACGAACGCGACGGCGCUCUCCGACUCUGCCUCCACGAACGCGACGGCGCUCUCCGACCAGGCCUCCAAGAACGCGACGGCGCUCUCCGACCAGGCCUCCAAGAACGCGACGGCGCACUCCGACUCUGCCUCCACGAACGCGACGGCGCUCUCCGACCAGGCCUCCAAGAACGCGACGGUGCACUCGUCUGAGGAAAUGGUAGACAACCCCAAGGGGCGGACUUAUAAGGAGCGCGACGCCCAUUACACGCCCCCUAUCGGUCGAGACCCGCUCGGACCAUCCGACCGUGACUUUGACCGCAUAGCCAGACACAUAAACCGCUUUGACCCCCGGCCCGGCAUGCCUACGAACGCCCGAUCAUACCUCCGCGACGUUGACUUCCACACUGACCGCAUACCAAACGCAUCUCAAAGUGACAAAAUAUUCUUGAUUAGACUCACGUCCAAUAGAGAAGUGAACGACUUCAUCGAAAGGCAACCAAAGGCCAUAAAACAUGACUACAAUGAGCUCUGCAAAGCCAUCCUGGCAGAAUACUCAGACUACGGUGCCUCCGGGACCCUCACGGCAGCUAUGGCAGUCAAACAAACUCACAACGAGCUUGCGGACUGCUACUACCACAGGUUGAGACAGGCCUACUUCGGCAACCAAAACUACGAAGGGAUGGAGGAAGAUAAGAAUUUCAAGGCCCUGUACAUCCAAAACCUCCACCCCCAACCUUAG